UAACAGAGAGAGAGAGAGUGUCGGGGACGCGCUGGUGAAAAUGUUGCGCAGGAAGAAAGCUGUGAGUCUGCCUUUAUGGAGCUGUCUGCAAUAGGAGAGCAAGUGUUUGCCGUGGAGAAUAUCAGCAAGAAGCGCAUCAGAAAGGGUAGAGUGGAAUAUUUUGUGAAGUGGAAAGGAUGGCCCCCAAAAUACAGUACAUGGGAACCGGAAGAUCACAUACUGGAUCCCCGUCUCGUAAUGGCUUAUGAGGAAAAGGAGCAGCGAGACCGGGCGCAAGGAUACAGGAAGCGAGGGCCAAAGCCGAAGAGGUACCUACUGCAGCGGAUUUAUGGGAUGGAUUUGCGGAGUGCGGCCAAGCUGAAAGAAAAGGGGGAGCUGCGCCUCUCCCUGUCCAGACAAUUUGACGGGACUUCGGUGUCAAGUCUGGGUCAGCGGGAACACGGGGAAAACGGCAAACGGAUCCAGUUCUCCCUCAGCCGGAAGCACAAGUUUUUCAAACUGGCCAAGCCUGGCUCUACUGAAGAACCCAGUGAGAUCACAGAGAGGCAUGGGAUGAGUGAGUGGUCUGAGGACGAGACCGGCAGGGAGCUGAGUGAAAAAUACGUGGAUUCGGAGUUUGAGGAUGAAUUGCAGAGUGAGAGCUGUCCCGAGGCAAACGAAGGCUCCGCCUCUCCCAUUCGGAUGACUGGCUCAAUUCCCAUUGGCUGGCAGCCUUCCAUUCCCCUUGGUAACGUCACAGUGACUGAUGUCACGGCAAACUCCCUGACGGUGACCUUCCGGGAAGGCCAGGCAGCUGAGGGUUUCUUCAGGGACAGGAGUCUGAGCUGCUGAAAACAAACAGAUUUACAUCCGUCCUGUCAAAUGUUUUGUUCAUUUCUCCUAAAAGAGAAACAAGGUUCCAUAUUUAUAAACUGUUGAGUGUAUGUAUCACCAUAUAAACGGUUAGGGUCUGCAGGGUAGCGUCUAGGUUCAUGUACCCCUUCAGAACAGGAGAGUGAGUGUGAGGGAGGGAGUGUAGAGGAUGGAGGGAGAGCAGGAGAGGGACAU